AUGCAAACUCGACAACAGACCAUCGCGGGGGACAUAAGAAGCUAUGUUUUGGGGCUCAUUGUGGGCGUGCGACACUCUGCAGGGAUAACGAUGCAGCAAUUUGUACAAUCAGACGUUUCGGGUUCGACCUUUCAAACCCCCAGCAGGUACACGGACCUAUGUGUGGUGGACUCUAGAGUCCGAGAUAAUACAUGCACCGCAUUCGACCGUCUCUAUCGGCAGCCCGUGACGGUCAAAAAAAUCAGCAGACCGUUUGAUCGGAUCGAGGCAGUACGGUAUGCGUAUCAGCAAGUUCGACUGGCGGGGAAAUUGCAACACGGCAACCUCGUCUUUCUCCAAGAUAUCUAUAUCUCCCCAACCGAGGAUAUUUAUCUCAUCACCGAGCUCCAUGGGAUUCCGCUGGCCGGACUCCUCAAAAAUGGACCGUUGGACCCUGCACUGGUGCAGUUCCUGAUGUAUCAGAUUCUACGGGGACUCAAAUACAUCCACUCCGCAGAUGUCGUCCAUGGGGACCUUACACCAAGUAAAGUCUUCGUGGACCGCAAUUGUGAUGUGAAGCUCAGUGACUUUCACAUCGACCGAGAAGCAGACCCUAACGGCACGGACCACACAAGUCUAUACUACGAAGCACCCGAAAUCAUGCUGGCGUGGUCGCUGUAUGACAUGGCGGUGGAUAUCUUCAGCGCGGGGUGUAUAUUCGCCGAAAUGAUGCUAGGGAAGCCAUUGUUCACAGGCAAAGAUCAUGUCCAACAACUGGGGUUUGCCACCGGUCUACUGGGCACUCCGCCUCAGUGGAUGGUCCAAAAAAGCAGCUUAGCAAAUAUCAAAUCGCGAUCCUGGUCUGGCUACCAACCUCGUCGUAUUUCCAGUAUAUUCGCACACCACGAUUCAGAAGCUGUCAACUUGUUAGACAGCAUGCUUAGGUACGAUCCUCGCGAUCGUAUUACCGCCGACGAUGCCAUCACCCACCCCUAUCUCGAGCGGUAUCAUGACGCGAGCGACGAACCUGUCGCUGUUCAAAAGUUCGACUGGACUUUCAAGGAUGCACAGAUCCCAGGAGCAACAUGGAAGUGGAUGAUCUACUCGGAAGCAACAAGACACCAUACAGAGCAAUCUCUUUGA